AAACACGCAAAGGCAAUCUUCACUCUUUUCCAUUUAUCAAUGAACCCUAUUUCAGCUGUACAAGCGAACUCCAAACCAGAAAAUUAAACCAACAGUUAAAGAUCCGUUUACCACCGUUGAGCGAUAGCAGUGAAAAUGUACUACAGAGGGUAUGGGGAUGUUGGGGAUGGGUAUGAGAUGGGCCCGAAACGGCAGCGGCUAUUUGAUCAGGGUUCCUCAUUCUAUGGUACUUCUCCUGGUUCGAGUUUUGCGUACAAUCCUUCUCCUUACUCCUAUCUCAGCCAGCCGCCUCCUUUUCCUGUUGUCAGGCUCUUAGGCCUUCCAUUUGAUUGCUCAGAAGCUGAUAUUGCAGAGUUUUUCCAUGGUCUUGAUAUAGUUGAUGUUCUUUUUGUCCACAAGAAUGGGAAGUUAACAGGGGAAGCUUUCUGUGUUCUGGCGUAUUCGCUUCAAGUUGAUUUUGCACUUCAGAGGAAUAGGCAGAACAUUGGCAGGCGGUAUGUUGAGGUUUUCAGGUGCAAAAGGGAGGACUACUAUAAGGCUAUAGCGAAUGAAGUUUCUGAUUCACGUGGCGGGUCACCUCCUCACCGAAGUGUCCCUAGGGCAAAAUCGUCAGAUAACAGAGUGGACUUGACUGAACACACAGGUGUAUUGAGAUUGAGGGGACUUCCAUUCUCUGCGAGCAAGGAUGAUAUUAUGGAUUUCUUCAAGGAUUUUGAGCUUUCAGAAGACUCGGUUCAUGUUAUCCUAAAUUCAGAAGGGCGGGCAACUGGUGAAGCUAUGGUGGAAUUUGCAAGUGCGGAAGAUUCAAAAGCUGCAAUGUCAAAGGAUAGAAAGAGACUUGGAAAUCGCUAUAUUGAGCUUUUCCCCUCGUCACAUGAGGAGUUGGAUGCGGCAGUUUCGAGGGGCCGGCUUGGUGGUUCUUCUAAGCCAAAAUCUUCUGAUGAUGGGAAGGAUUCCGACGAACACACGGGGGUCUUGCGAAUGAGGGGGUUGCCAUUUUCAGCUGGCAAGGAUGAUGUUCUUGAUUUCUUCAAAGAUUUUGUUUUGUCCGAAGACUCAAUUCACUUCACGUUUACGUACGGUGGGAAGCCAACUGGCGAAGCAUUUGUGGAGUUUGCUAGUGCGGAGGAUUCCAAAGCAGCAAUGGUCAAGGAUAGGAUGAGUCUUGGGAGCCGUUAUAUCGAGCUUUUCGCAUCAUCACUCGAUGAGUUGAAUGAGGCAGUUUCAAGGGGACGGUGAUUUUACAUUUCUGGUCUUUCAGUUUGCUGUUCUGCACUGAUGAUUUUUUCUUGUCAUGGUAACUUCUGCCAGUGUUUUUUUUUUUUUGGUAUUAUGAACUUCUCUCUAUUUGUCUUGGUAAGCUGUCUGUAUUUUUCUUAGACUCUACAUCUCAGUCUUUAUUCAUGUGUGGAUCUUAUGUCAUAAAGUACGCGUGUCUCAUGUUCCUUUUUACCGUCUAUUUUUUGGCACCGCUAUAUGCUGACCAUGAUAGGUUUAUUUUGUACCCGUGCUAAAUUUAUGAGUCCCUUUUCUUUCCUAA